AUGUCCGAUGUUGAUUUUUUAAAGAAGCUUGAUGAGCAUGUUAAAGGGAGUCCUGCUCUUGGAAAUAAUAAUCCGAGUUUGGCUGUCGCGACUUUUAAUUCUCCUCAUGAAGUGGCCCGUAAGCUGUCAUCUAUUGGAAAUUACGAUGAAAGUCUUACUAAGUGUGCCUCUUGGAAAGCCCUGAAAGGCUUAUAUGAAAAAUAUGGCAAUACACAUAUGCUGAAGUUUUUUGAGGCUGACGCUGACCGCUUCAACAGGAAUUCUGUCAAGGUUGAUUUGGGUGACAACUUUUUGUUUCUUGACUACUCGAAAAAUAUUAUCAAUGAUGAAAUCAAAGACGCACUGUGCUUACUUGCCGAAGAGAGGGGCGUAAGUGAGUUUGUCAAGUCUCUUUUUUCUGGCAAAAAGGUAAACACAACGGAGAAUCGAGCUGUUCUGCACAUUGCCUUACGUAACAGGAGCAACCACGCGAUCUAUGUUGAUGGAAAAGAUGUUAUGCCGGAUGUGAAUCAUGUUCUUGAUCAUAUGAAGAAGUUUUCAGACCGGAUUAGAAGUGGUGAGUGGAAGGGACAGAGUGGAAAGCCGAUCCUUAACAUUGUUAACAUUGGUAUUGGAGGAAGUGGUCUGGGCCCUACAAUGGUUACUGAAGCACUACGCCCCUAUUGUCAUAAAGACAUUCGAAGCUUUUUUGUUUCGAACGUUGACGGUACAGACAUUUCCGAGGUCAUUCGUCAUGUGGAUCUUGAGCAAACCCUCUUCAUCGUGGCCAGCAAGACAUUUACAACUCAGGAAACUUUGACAAAUGCCUUGUCUGCUCGCCAGGCUUUGUUAUCGCAUUUAAAAUCGAAAGGGAUCAAGGAAGACGGCGCGGUUGCAAAGCACUUUGUUGCCCUAUCAACAAACACCGAAGAAGUGAGGAAGUUCGGCAUCGAUCCUGAAAACAUGUUCGAGUUCUGGGAUUGGGUUGGAGGCCGCUACUCUAUAUGGAGUGCGAUUGGUCUUUCAGUUAUGAUUUUCAUUGGGUAUGCAAAUUUUGUGGAGUUUCUAACCGGAGCCCACAUGAUGGACUGCCACUUCCUCAAUGCACCCACCAAACAAAACCUUCCCACCCUUCUUGCACUGGUUGGGGUUUGGUGCAACAACUUUUUCGGUAGCGAAACACACGCUGUGCUUCCUUACGAUCAGUACCUUUGGCGACUCCCGGCGUACCUUCAGCAGCUUGAUAUGGAAAGUAACGGUAAGAGUAUCGUGAAAAACGGUGGUUCUGUAACCCACCAAACAGGACCCAUUGUAUUUGGGGAAGCCGGUACCAAUGGACAACACGCGUUUUAUCAACUUAUUUAUCAGGGUACCAAGAUUAUACCGUGCGAUUUCAUUGGUGCAAUUAACACCCAUAAUCCUAUUGGUGACCAUCACCGUAUAUUAAUGAGCAACUUCUUCGCACAAACAGAGGCUUUGAUGGUUGGUAAAAAUUCCAAGGAAGUCGAAAAGGAGUUGCAAAAGUCUGGAAUGACGAAGGCAAAUAUGAAAACCCUGAUUCCUCACAAAAUGUUCACUGGAAACAGACCCAGUAACAGUAUUUUGGUGGAUAAACUCUCUCCUCGGGCGUUAGGAGCGAUUAUCGCGAUGUAUGAGCACAAGGUUCUUGUCCAGGGUGUUAUAUGGGGGAUCAACAGCUAUGAUCAAUGGGGCGUGGAACUUGGGAAGGCCCUGGCAAAGUCGAUUUUACCUCAGCUAAAGCCUAACGAGAAAAUUAACAACCACGAUCAUUCCACAAAUGGGCUUAUUAAUUUAUUUAACACUUUCGCACAUCUAUAA